GUUUCGUUCCCGUUCAUAUGCUGCUGCUCCUCAUACACCACCCAGUCCUGUUUCACUGCUGGUAAAAUUGCUCCCAGCACUUCCUACUUAGAAAGAAAUCAUUUGGUGAGACAUUGAACUUUGCACAGAAUGAUUCAGUCACCUGUAGGUCCCCCGGGCUUCGGAGAGCGCCGUGUAGGACCACGUGGCAACGUCACGUCGUUGAGGCAGACAAGGCUGUCCAAGAAUCUGCAGUCUGGAAAAGCCGAGCGCAAACAACAUUGCGACAAUCCAGGGGUGAGCAAAACGGCCAAGGAGCCAGCUCCCAACUUCAUGUUCAUCCCCAUGUCGGCUGCGCCUGGAGCAAGAGCCAAAAUCCAACCGGAGCUUCGAGCUUCGGCCAAAGCACAUGUGAUGCAUGACUAUCAGCGGAAGACUGCCCAGCAAAGAAAUACGCAGUGGAAAAUGUCGACCCCGACCACGUAUGCCAUUGCGCCAAAAGAGCCAUUGCCAGGGCUCCUUUCCCCGGAAUCAGCUGUCCAGCCUUUGGUCAUGCGCGAGCGAUUGACGAUUCGGCCAAGGAGAAAACCGCGCACUUCAACAACCGAGUUAUCAUCUUCCGACGAAUCUGCUCAAUCAACCCAGGAGACGCUUUCUCUUACGCUGUCAGAUAGAGCGGCCUAUUCGCAGUUCAUCCCCUACAAUCCGCCCGCGAUUUCAAGGCAACCGCGCGGCAGCAACCUCAUGGACGUCUUCUCCACUCUGCCAAUCCAUGUCCAACCCUGGGACGAAACGUUGAUUACACGAUGGCUCAAUUACGACCGUAUCCCGUGGUGCCCGGUCAACGGACAGUCUCAAUGGGUACCCUUCGUCACCAAUUCACCGAUGCUCCUGCACACCAACUUGUAUUCCUGGGGGAUGCAUUGGCACGGCAAACUGACCGGCAUCAACCAAGACAUCUUUCUAUACCAGAACCCUCGGAUCCUGGAACACAAGAUUGCGGCCAUCCAAAUGAUCAAUGCGCACCUGCUAUCCUCGGCUGCUGUCACGGACGAGGCCCUCGCCGCAGUGUCCAUGUUCAUCAACGUGUCGAUGCAAUUCCUGAACCGGGACGAAGCUGCGAGGCACAUGGCCGGCCUGGAGGCCUUGGUGAAGCUCCGAGGAGGGCUCGACGGCCUCGCCAGGCUGGGCACGGUCGGGGUUCUUCUACAGCGAAUCAUCACGUGGAACGAUCUUUUCUUCGUGGAACUCUUUGGGGGAACGCUACGCUUCUCGCUUCUGCCGCGGUGGGAGGAGGCGUGGAAGGCGCUCUACGCCCCCAUUGCCGACGAUCCGGUCACGCACCUUGAACCGCUCCAGGCACGCUUUGCAGGCGACCUCGCGCAGGAGAUCACGACGCUGCUGCGCGAGAUCCAGAUUGUGUGCAACGACGUCCAAGCGCGACCUCUGGCGACGCUGACAACGACUGAAAGGACACUGCGACACGACAAUCUCUUCCGUUUUGAACGCCGGCUGUGUCUUGCAACGCGGAUCACGACGAUCCAGGAGCACGUGUACACGAAUCUGCAGGGCGGCAGCGACCCCAUGUGGCGGACCGUUGCCUACGCCGCGUUGAUGUAUGUUCACCACCACAUCCGCGGACACGCCUUGCACUGGUCCCAGUUUCCGGCGCUGGUUGUGCAACUGCGCAACGAGUUGUCGUUUGUCCAAGCUGGCAGCUGGGAGGCGGUGCCGGCGCUGCAGUUGUGGGUCCUCGCGGUGGGUAGCUGGGUGAGUCAGUGCGAGCCGUGGAUUGUGGCCCUGCUCGCGGACGCUUGCCGAGCGCAAGGCUGUACGACUUGGGAUGACUUCGACGGGAUACUGAGGCAGUGCGUGCACAUCGGGCGAGAGGACGAGCAGAAGUUCAGGAUCGUGUGGGAGGGUGUGACCAGAUUGCUUUGACUGGAAAACAAGGAGUGUUCCUUCAUAGUCAGCUCUUGAAUGCUCGCAACCAACUAUCUUGAAAACCUGCACCCGAAACGCUAUCUACGUCGUCAUGCUUCCGAGUUCUCUCUGAAGAGGCUGUCGGGAUCACAGUAUACCAUUUCCCAUGUCAUUAAGAGGUCGGCUGCCCAGGGGGCGGUAGAUAAGAUGGCGACCGAGAAGGGGAUGUUUAUGCACAGAAGACUAUCCAGACUGCUCGGAAGAACCCCAUAGAUGUUUUUGGAGUCAUGUCUCUCUUGAAGGAAGGAAAGGUAGCCAUCUAGAUGAUGUGUGGAUCCUUCCGCCUCCACAUAUGGCAGCGUCCGAGAACCUCUUGAAUCUGUUAUUUUGUUC